AUGGCAUCCCUAGAUCCCAAGUUCAUUCUGGGACCUGGCGCCCUCCACCACCUCAACACCUCCCGCCUCAACGCCUGCCCCCAGAUUCCGGGUGGUGUUGGUCAGGGUAGGGACCCUAUUGGGUCCUACUUCACCCUGACCAACACCCAAACCAUCGACCGUUUGGGCGCCCUCUCUCGCUCGCGCAACAUGACCCAGGAGACUACCUCCGUCUUAAAUAUGAAGAAGAAACUCAGGCCGUACCUCGACUACCUCCAGAGGUGCCAGGCCUACUACGGUCUUCUGGUCCCCCAGGACUUCUACGACGCCCGAGAGACUCUUUUCCGCGGCCUCCGCAAGAUCUUUCACCAAGAGUUCGUCACAAAGCAGCGCCUUUUCACCAAUCAAGAGAAAAGACGUGCCAAAAACAUCUACAACUGGGCCCAGGGCGUUGCUGUUGCCCCCGAGCAAGGCGAGAUCCCUGGCGAGACGACUGCCCUGGUCACCACGAACUCUUCUGGCCGCUCCGAGGACCAGCCUCCCAGCAGACACCCGAUCUGGGGCAUUGACGGAAUCAUGUACGGCCUCGCCUUGCUCUCGCGCACCCCCACCCGCUACUGCCUCGACAGCCGCUACAAAGGCCUCAAGCGCUCGGCCGACGUCUACGGCGACAACGGCUUCGAAGUCGGCGCGUGGUUCCCCUACCAGAAGUCCGCCGUCUUCUUCGGGGCCCACGGCGACCAGAUGGCCGGCAUCGGCUUCAAGAAGAGCAUGGGCAGCGCCUUCUCCGUCGUCGUCAGCGGCACCUACGAGAAGGUCGACAAGGACGAGGGCAACAUCAUCUUCUACUCCGCUCCCGGAUCCAUGGACAAGAAGGACUUUAGCGAGUGUAACAAGACAACCCCUGCUACCGACGCCCUUUUCGAAAGCAGCAAAUCCAAGAAGCCGGUCAGAGUUCUGCGGAAGGCCAUCAAGAGCGAGAGCAGGGGCUCUAUCUGGACUCCGAAAGAGGGACUCCGGUACGAUGGUCUCUACCGCGUCAACACAUGCCGUAUCGAGUUCAACGACCACCAGUGUCCGUUUUUCCAGUUCGAGCUCGAGCGGCUUGAGAACCAGAAGCCCCUCGGGGAGCUUUGCAGAAUCCCGACCACGCAACAGUUGAAGGAUUACCGCAAGAUCGCCGAGUUCUUCUAG